AUGGAAGCAGAACACACCAAGAGCCCAACUGCAGCCCUCCCCUCUGAUGUUCCCUCAUGCAGAUCCCUGUCAUCCAGUGAGGAUGGCCCCAGUGGCCACUGCAGCCUCUCCGAUGGGGAGCUGGCCCGGAACUUAGAAGCCAGCAUCAAGCACCGCAUCCUCUACCUCUCAGAGCAGCUGAGGCUGGAGAGGGCCAGCCGGGAUGAGAACACCGUGGGCUACCUCGAGCUGGUGUCCAAAGCCGACCGGCACCAGGCCCCCCACAUCCGGCAGGCCUUCGAGAAGGUGAACCAGCGCGCCUCUGCCACCAUCGCCCAGAUCGAGCGAAGGCUCUGCCAGUGUCACCAGCAGCUGCAGGAGCUGGAGGACGGCUGCAGGCCCAAGGGCUUAGUGCUGAGGGCAGACAGCAGCCUUGAUGACUGCGAGCAGCCCAGUGAGAGGGCCCUGGGUUCAGAGUCCCCCGAGCCAGUUGGGGCGGAUUGCCCAUCCACUAGCCUGUCUCAUGUCAUCGGACACUUCCCUCUGGAGAGUCACUGCCCAGCCUUGCAGCCGGGGAGGCCCUCCAAGACCAAGCGUGUGGCCCAGCAGCAAGCCCUGCCGUGGCAGAGGAUGAAGGAAGAGCUGCAAGAAAUCAAGAAGUUCCACCUCAGCCUCCAGGUGUCCUGUCAGAGCCUAAAGGAGAGGUACCUGACGGACCUGCAGGUGUCACUGGAAUCCCUUCAGGAGGAGAAACACAGACAAGCACUGAUGGAAGGACAGGUGAAUGUCCACCUGCAGGGGCACCUGGAUGAGAUUUACUGCCUCAAACAGAAUCUGGCCUGCACUGAGGAGAAAAUGGCAUAUCUGUCCUAUGAGAGAGCCAAGGAGAUCUGGGAGGUCAUGGAGACUUUCAAGAACCGUAUAUCCAAGCUCGAAAGUGUACAGCAAGUGACCCAAGUGGCAAUGACAGAGAAGCUCAGGUGCCGUCCCCAGGACUUAAUGUUCCGUUUCACCAGCCUGAUCCUCACCCUGGCCGCCCUCCUCUUGGUCUUGGUCUCCACCGUGUGUGCCUGCCCCUUGCCGCUGGUGAACUCACACUUGCGUACCUGUACCACACUUGUGCUGAUCGGGCUGGGAGCCUUGGCUUGGCAGAAGCGGCACGCCCUCCCCACCACAGACUGGCAGGCCUGGGUCCCGGCCAGAUGGAGACAGUCGGCCAAGGACUCCAAGCCUCUGUCACAUGGGCCUUAA